AUGGAUGAUCGUCUACUUGUUCCUGAUGCCGCCGUCAUUUCGACAAUCUUCCCUGAAUCGCAACCAACUUCAAUCGAUAUACUGGCCAACUCCUUCACCAACUGCACAUUCAAGGCAGAAUUUGAAAACAGCCCCGCUGUCAUCGUCCGGAUUGACGCGUCAAGUGGGUCACUCGCCAUCGUUUCUGCUAUUCAAGAGGCAGCCGCCGUCCAAAUUCGAACAUAUGUUCCCAAACAACUCGCUUUUGGGGAGGCAGUAACGGGAGACAAAAAGAAUGUGGAUUACACGGUUACUGAGUUUGUGACUGACACUGUGACGCUGGAAUCUGUUUGGCCAUCCCUUGAUCUCGCGCAAAAGUCGUUCUUGGUCGAUGAUCUUGUCAAUGCUAUGGAUGCAAUUCAAGACGUCAGAGAGCCGCGUAAACUCGCUCGAUGGCUUAUUCCCGAUACAAGUCCGGUAAAUGUUGUUCAAGCUUUUGAAUUCGGCAGUGCAAGAAUUGGUUUCGCUAAGGAUAUUCGCGAGUUCCUCACAUUAUUUAUCGCUAAGCAUCAAGACCCAACCUGUGCUACUUCCAGCAUAGAGGUGUCCUUAGACGGAGACGGUGUUAUCAUCAAAUCCGCGUUACCAGCAUUAGGUGAAAUCCACCUUUCAGAGCAGGAUCUAAAAACCCUCAACGGAAACGUGGUUUUCUCACACAACGACCUGGAACCACGAAACCUGCUUGUAAGAAGAUGGCAAGCCCAAGAUGGCCUGCUGUACGAUCUCGCUGCUAUCAUCGAUUGGGAGAUGGCGGGCUUCUUCCCUUCAGCAUUCGAAACAGCUGUCAAAGACAUCUCACUAGGUAACUGCAACCAGCAUUUGGACUUUUAUCUCAUGUUCAAAAAGAAGACACGCCAUAUGAUUUCAGGCGGAGAAGCUUCCGAGAAGCUGGUCAAAGCCGUGCAUCUCAUCGCUGACUCCAGCGCCAGGCAGAACACCGGUAUCAGCGCGGAGAUUCGUCGCCGGUGGAUUGUGAGGGAAAAUUUGGAGCUAAGUGACGACGCGCUAGAAGGUUGGAUACCCAAGACUGUUGGGGAUAGUAUGGAGCGACCUUCGCGUCCUUUUUCAAAGGAAGAUAACGAUGAGCUUACACAACGGGUACUGAAGGAUCUUGAGAAGCAAUGA